AUGUCUGAAGAAACUAAGGACUUGAAAAACCUUUCUAUCGAAGAGAAAGCUCCCGAGAAGCCUGCUGAGGGUGUAAUCCUAGGCGAGGACGGCCAGCCCUUGUCGAAGAAGGCAUUGAAGAAGUUGGAGAAGGAGAAAGAGAAGGCUAAGAAGAAAGCAGAAAGAGAAGCCCAAUUGGCCAAGGAAAAAGCCGAGAAGGAAGCUCAGGCUGCUAAUGACCCAGCAAAGGAGAACUACGGCAAGUUGCCUUUGAUCAACUCGAGCAAGAAGUCCGGUGUUCAAAGAGUCAAGAUUGCAGACUUAAGUGCUGCCAACGAUGGCCAGGAGGUGGUGUUCAGAGCCAGAGCACACAACUCGAGACAACAAGGUGCUACCAUGGUUUUCAUGACCCUUAGACAGCAGCUGAGCUUGAUACAGGGUCUUAUCAAGUCUAAUGGCCAAUCUGUGUCGAAGCAGAUGGUGAAAUGGGCAGGUUCUAUCAACUUAGAGUCGAUUGUUCUUGUUCACGGUGUUAUCAAGAAGGUUGACGAGCCAGUCAAGUCCGCCACUGUUCAGGACGCUGAGAUUCACAUUACUAAGAUUUACACCAUUCAGGAGACUCCAGAGCAGUUGCCUAUGUUGAUUGAGGAUGCUUCUCGUUCCGACGCUGAGGCUGAGGCUGCUGGCUUGCCUGUGGUUAACUUGGACACAAGAUUGGACUCUCGUGUGAUUGACUUGAGAACACCAACUAACCAGGCGAUUUUCAGAAUCCAGCACGGUAUUUGCGAGUUGUUCAGAGAGUUCUUGGCCAAAAAGGGCUUUACUGAGAUACACACGCCAAAGAUCUUGGGAGCUGCCUCCGAAGGUGGUUCCAACGUGUUCGAAGUCUCUUACUUCAAGAGGUCCGCAUUCUUGGCCCAGUCGCCUCAGUUCUACAAGCAGCAGUUAAUUGCUGCUGAUUUCGAGAAAGUGUUUGAAGUUGCUCCAGUGUUUAGAGCUGAAAACUCCAACACUCACCGUCACAUGACAGAGUUCGUUGGUUUGGACUUGGAAAUGGCCUUUGAGGAGCACUAUGACGAGGUCAUGGAAGUGUUGGAGAAUUUGUUCAUAUUCAUUUUCACCGAGCUCAAGAGAAGAUACGGCACGGAAAUCGACACCGUCAGAAAGCAGUUCCCAGUUGAGGAAUUCAAGUUGCCUGCUGACGGCAAGAUGGUCAGAUUACACUUCAAAGAAGGUAUUGCCAUGUUGAGAGAGGCUGGGAAGGAGGUUGACGAUUUCGAGGACUUGUCCACUGAGAACGAGAAGCUUCUAGGCAAGUUGGUUAGAGAGAAGUACGAUACCGAUUUCUACAUCUUGGACAAAUUCCCCUUGGCUGUUAGACCUUUCUACACCAUGCCUGACCCAGAGGACCCAAGAUACUCCAACUCUUACGACUUUUUCAUGAGAGGUGAGGAAAUCUUGUCUGGUGCCCAGCGUAUCCACGACCCAGAGUUGUUGAAAGAGAGAAUGGCUGCACACGGUGUUGACUACUCCACUGAGGGUGUCAAUGACUAUGUUGACGCCUUCACUUAUGGAUGUGCCCCACACGCCGGUGGUGGUAUUGGUUUGGAGAGAGUGUUGAUGUUCUACUUGGAUUUGAAGAACAUUCGUCGUGCUUCGCUCUUCCCAAGAGACCCAAGAAGAUUGAGACCAUAA